AUGGAGGAAUCCUCAACAACCACGUGGCUAGGGAACGAGCCGUCCAACUGGGGGACUAACUCUCAGCCAGCACGUACAUCCGAGAUACUCAAAGCUUGUACGCCUGAAAAACCAGUUCUACGCGCGCAGACUACCACCCCUCAAGGUCCACAAACCCCUUACAAGGGCGUCCGAGUUCCAACAUAUCCAAACCAUAUCAUAAUUUUCUGGCAUCCCACAAUUCCAGGAUCCGUAACCAAGAAAGCCCACACGCCCGAAACACGGCACGUGUGUGAAUAG